AUGUUUGGGAAGACUCUAUCGGACACGUUAUGUCCGCUUUGUCGGUGUGCCCUCGAAUCGAGGAGGCCAGCGAUUCGAAAUGCAUUCCCCCAGCCGUGGGCCAGCUUCCGAUUCGCCUCGAGCUACAGGCAAAAGCGCUCCACGCCCUCACGAAUGGUGCUUUCCGACAGCGUCACGCGCCGCAAAACUGACGACGGAGACAGAAAACCCCGGCGGAGAGCAGUCGAUGGCCCCUUCUCGGGCAUGAACAGGACAGUCGCAAACAUCGACCCCAUGCGGCGGAUAGCGCAGGCGCGCAACCGAGACAAGGACGAAAAAGAUGGCAAAGAACGAGGCGGCAAAGAAGACAAGCCCAGAUUCAAGGCGUUGCGGAUGCAGCGGGCGCUGACAUCCUUCAGCUACGGACAGAGAAUGAAUCUGAAAGACCGGAUGAAAGAGGUGGAAAGCUUCGACCAGUUUGACCUGCUGCCGGCGAUCAAGGAGGGGGUCCUGAAGGACAUGUUCAGUGAAAAGGCCGAGAUACAGCCCACGCCGGUACAGAGGCUCGCGAUUCCGGCUCUUCUGGGUCAACGCAUUGGUGCGCCUAGGCGUACGAAGACAAAGCCUAUCGUUAGCGAAGCAAGACAGGAAUUCUUGCUGGCCGCUGAGACGGGGUCGGGCAAGACGCUGGCUUAUCUGCUUCCCUCUGUCAAUGCUAUGAAGAUCGCUGAGGCGGAGGACCAGGAUAUUGCGGCAUACAACAAGCGAUUCGAGGAAGAGAAGGCCCUGCGGGCUGAUCCGAGGUACAAGGGCAAGUCCUUAAUGGAGCCGCAUCCUACUACAGCCCGGCCGCGCAUCAUAAUAUUGGUGCCCACCGCCGAACUCGUUGAUCAGGUGGGCGCGGUGGCCAAGAAGCUGUCACACUCGGUCAAAUUCAAGGUGGAAAAGAUAUCAGCCAACUUCGACGCCAAGGUUAUUGAGCGCCGGAUCUACAGGCACGAGGGGUUAGAUGUGGUUGUCGCCACACCUCACCUCCUAGCAUCUAUCGCAGAGUCGGACCCCAACGUCCUGUCGCGGGUAUCGCAUCUGGUCGUCGACGAGGCCGACUCCCUGCUCGACCGGAGUUUCAGCUCCGUAACGACGAGCAUUAUGGAUCGAGCCAUGCCGUCUCUCAAGCAGCUGAUCAUGUGCUCCGCUACGAUCCCAAAGAGGCUGGACCACUACCUUGCCAAGACGUUUCCCAAGAUGAACCGCAUCGCGACGCCGAAUCUCCACGCCAUCCCGAGGCGUGUGCAACUGGGCGUGAUUGACGCGAGCAAGGACCCUUACCGCAACAACAAGAAUCUCGCAUGCGCGGAUGCGAUCUGGUCGAUCGGCAAGGGCGCCUCGAUGCAUGAGGGCUUGGUACCGGGUGAGGUGGACGUGAAGCGCAUCAUGGUUUUUGUCAACGAGCGGGAGAAGACGCAGGAGGUGGCCGACUUCCUCGUCUCAAAGGGCGUCGACGCCGUCGCCCUGCACCGCGACACCCCCGAGCAGCGCCAAAGCGAGAUGCUGGCCACGUUCACGUCGCCGGUGCCCAUCAAGAGGCAGCUAGACGACGUUGAGAAGUCCAGCCCCGUGAAGGGCAAGAGGCAUCUGCAGAACACCAAGGUCAUUGUGGCGACGGACUUGGCGUCCAGGGGUAUCGACACCCUGGGCGUGAGGCACGUGGUCUUGUAUGAUGUGCCGCACACAACUAUUGAUUUUAUUCACCGGCUGGGCAGAGUGGGCAGGAAGGGCACGCGCGGCGGCAGGGGUAUUGUGAUUGUCGGCAAGGACGACAGAAGGGAUGUGGUUGCGGAGGUCAAGGAGAAAUCUACAAAGAGCAGCACAAAUUUCAAGAUGUCUUGCAAGGCGUGCAUGGAACUACCCCCUGUCUCCGCGGAAUAUACCGAGAAGGGAAAGUAUGAGACAAUCGCCGGGUUGAAGACCUACGUGACUGGCCCGGCGAACGCCACCAGAGCUGUCAUCGACAUUUACGAUGUCUUUGGAUUCGCCAACCAGACCAUCCAGGGCGCCGACCGCCUGGCGGAGCACAUCGGGGACUGCCUGGUGUUCCUCCCGGACCUCCUCGAGGGAUACUAUGUCAAGCCCGAGUGGAUGCCCCCAGACACCCCGGAGAAGCAGAAGCUGUUCGCCGACUUCAGGGCCGGCCAUGGGAACGCCGGGAUUGCGGUCGGGAAGCUCCUGGAGGUGCGCAAGGAGAUCGGGGAGAAGUAUCCCAGCGUAGAGCCCCACGUGGUUGUCGGCGGACUGUGUUGGGGAGGCAAGAUCUCUGUGCUGGCGUGUGGUCCCGGCAACGAGGGCGCGGGCAGGAAGUUCAAUGCCAGUUGGACGGCGCAUCCUGGCGCUCUCGACCCUGCCGACGGCGCGGCUUUGACUGUCCCUCACAUCUGCCUUGCCUCUCCUGAUGAGCCGGCCGAGGCAGUUGCUGAGCUGAGGGAGAUCCUUUCGAAGCCUGGUAAGGAGGGCCACGUCGAGACAUAUGCUCGUCCCAUGUUCCACGGCUGGAUGGGAGCUCGUGCCAAUUUGUCUGACGAGAAGAACGCGAGGGAGUAUGAGAGGGGUUAUAAGCAGGUCGCUGAGUUCUUGCUAAAGUAUAUUUGA